AAGUAAAAUAUUCCGUUAUCCUACCCGCCUUAAGUCGUUUGAGAUUGUGUCAUAUCUAUGCGGAGCAUACAAAUGAAGAGAGCAAAACAGUAAAGAAAUCGGGAAAAACAGAAGAAAUUAAAUUAAAAGGAUGAGUACAAUUCAUAUGAGCAGUCUCACUAUCGGCACCAUUUCUCAGCAGCAACACUUUUCGCCAUUCCCCAAUUCCAAACCAAUUGACUCUACAAGAAUCAAAGCAUCGCCAAUGGAAGCAGAACAAGAAUUAAAAAGGAAGAUAGAAAUUAGAGUUUGCACAAACAGGACAUGCAGGAAACAGGGAUCUUUAGAUACCCUUCAAGUUCUUUCCGGAAUUGCUCCUCCCUACAUUACUGUGAAUUCCUGUGGUUGUCUUGGCCACUGCGGAGCUGGACCUAACGUUGUCGUUUUACCCGACGCCGUCUUUGUUAAGCACUGUGGUACUGCUACUCGUGCUGCUGAAAUUAUGGCGUUCCUUUGCCUUGGUACGAGGGAUGACGUGGAAGGGGAAAGCAGGAAAAGCUUGGAGGCUUUAGCAUUGAGGAAAAGAGCUGAGGAUGAAAUGAGUAAUGGCAAUUUUUCUGAGGCUCAUAGUUUGCUCUCACAGGCUAUUGAUCUAAAACCGUUUGGAGGUGUUCAUAUUAUCCUCAAAGACAGGUCUGCUGUGGAGUUGGCAAUGGGAAAUUUGGCUGAUGCACUUGAAGAUGCUAAGGAGGCGUUGACUAUUGCUCCCAAUUAUCCUGAAGGUUAUAUCUGCCAAGGUGAUGCUUUGAUGGCUGCGGACCAAGUUGAUGCAGCCGAGAAAUCAUACUCCAUCGCUUUAGAGUUAGAUCCGUCCAUCCGCCGUUCAAAAUCAUUCAAGGCUCGGAUUGCAAAGCUUAAGGAGAAACUUGCUCUUGCGAAUUUGGGAUGAGGGAUGUGUUGGUAUGUAUUAGCUAGGUAGGAUCUCUGUCAACAUAAUUUGCCUGAAGUAUUAGGUCUUGCUGAGGUAUAAUAGGUUCAAUUAUGCCAAAUUCUACAGAAGUGUACUUCCACUAAUCUAAAUGGUUAUGUUGUUGUAGUUUAUUGUCUAGUUUGACAUUGUAUAUAGAACAAUGUCUGAGAACAGGAGAUUAUUUUGUUAGUGACUAUUUGCUGGUAUCUUUGUUAUAUA